AUGUACGUUGGCCAAACUAAGCAAUCCAUCACUUCUCCACCUCCUCACCUAGCAAAGGCGAUAAAAACGAGUCGAGGUCAGCUGACCCAGAGUCUUUCAGAAUCAUCCGCCAGUAUUGAGGGUUUCAAGGGCUUUGACGCAAAUCAUUUGAGUUCACCUGAUGCCUUGAAAAAAGAGAUACCGCCGCCAUCUUCGGCCAUUCAAGUAAGAAAGUUUUGA